AAAUGGCUGCGCACUGCUCCGGGUGUGUGUUCACGGUGUGUGUGUGUUCACUUUGGAUGGGUUAAAUGCAGAGCACGAAUUCUGAGUAUGGUCACCAUACUUGGCUGUAUGUCACGUCACUUCACUUAAAGUAUUUUAAACUCCUUGGUCAUUUAAUGUAAACCAAUUACUCAUCCAAUUUAGUAAGACAACUAAAUAUCUAAAUUCCUUUAUGAUUCACAUACAGUCAGCACUUAGGAAUGCAGUACUCGCCAAUGGUGAACGUGAUUUCAAAGUACAACAUGUUCCUGGAUCAACAUCCUUGUUGAUCCUGGAACAACAUUCCUAUCAACCAAUCAGAACUGGAACCAAUCCAGGAACGUCUUACUUGGCAAAAUCAUGGCGACCACUCGCCAACAGUCAAGAUUGUUAUCAGCCAUUUUUUUGUAAAUGCACGUAGACACAUUAUGAUGCUACUGCCAUAUAUAUUACAUUUAGUACAUAAGAGUACACAGUUCAUUUGAAGGCUGUCUGGUGGCUGCAGCCUUUUUUCACAGCAAUGAUAAGCAGGGAAAUAAGCACUGGUCAUGUUAUUUUUGCACUUGUGCCAAGUUGUGGGUAUGGUCUCACAGAACCCCUUCAGUUUGUGCUACAAGAACCGCAUUCUAGACUGAAUACUGAAAAUGAUAUUUUGUUCAAAAGGAAAUUUAUUCCUGCAAUCAACCUAAGAGUUCUUUGUAGUGGUUUCAUCAAAUCAGUAGGACUUCCUCCCAUUUCCUGUGGUUUCACCUUAAAGUGGCAAGUGGGGUAAGUAUCGCCUGUUAGUACAGAGCAGCUGGUGAGGACAAACAGAGUGCUUUGGACAGCAGCAACUCAAGCAAAAUGAACCAGACCUUUUCAGACGAUUACAUCAAUGAAUCCUCAAGUGGAUAUGAUUAUCUGUGCUGUUUUAAUGAAAGUGAGACAGACCCUGUGUCUCCAGAGGUAAAAGAGUCCAUGAGGAUACUUUCUCUGGUCAUCUACUGCCUGACGUUUCUCCUCGGAGUUCCUGGAAACAUGCUUGUUGUGUACAUCGCUGGAAUGAAGAUGAAGAGGACGGUUAAUACAAUAUGGUUUCUCAAUCUAGCGACUGCAGACCUCCUGUGCUGCCUUUCCAUACCCUUCAGUGUGGCGGAGAUCCUCCUUGAGCAUCACUGGCCGUAUGGAUCCGUCAUGUGCAAGAUUCUCCCCUUCGUUAUGCUCAUCACCAUGUUUGCCAGCGUUUUCACCUUGAACUUGAUUAGUCUGGAUCGGUUUGCUCAGGUGAUCACACCGGUUUGGGCUCAAAAUCAUCGUAAUUUAUUGAUUGCGCGACUGUCCUGUGUAGCGCCUUGGGUCUUGGCUUUGUCGCUCAGCUUGCCCUUUAUGUUAUUACGGCAAAUUUUCACUAAUGAGGAGUUUAACAUCACACUUUGCACUUUUCAUGCUGAUGAAGAAGGUGAUUCAAACCUUGCAACAUCUGGAAGGUUAAGUGUUAUCAGAUUUGUGUUUGGCUUUUUGGUUCCUCUCAUAUGCAUCACAACAUGCUACGGAUUCAUCGCACACAAGUUAGGCAGGAGUCAUUUUCACUCUGGACGAGCGUUUCACAUCAUGUUGGCUGUAAUCGGGGCCUUUUUUCUGUGCUGGUUGCCGUAUCACAUAGUAGAUUUGAUAGUCAUGUACGGAAAGAAAUCAAGUUCCUCUGUGGCUUUGGCAGUGAAUCCGUUGGCCAUCUCUUUGGCGUAUUUCAACAGCUGUCUGAACCCCAUUCUGUAUGUUUUCAUGGGGCAGGAUUUUAAGAGCAAUGUUAAACUUUCUCUAAGACGUGUUUUUGAAAAAGCUUUCUCUGAGGAGGGAACACAAGCAUCACGAUCCACACAGCCACAACACACACACUAAGUGUAGUGAAGAUAUAAACUCAUUUAUACUGAGUUCAGGUCAUUUUUCUAUGCCAAACCUAUACACUUUAAAACAAGACUUGUUCCCCUUGCUUUAAUAUAUAUAUAUAUAUUUUUUUUGCAUUAUCCUCAGAGUAAUUUUCUAGACCAAAUACUCCCAUUAGAUAUGCAAAACAGCCUACUUUAGCACUUUUAGGAAGUGUCUGUUCUGGUUUCUUCUUUGUCAGGAAGUUAUGAAAUUCAUUAAGUGCAUUUAAAAUGAUCUGCUCAAAAACUUCUGCAAUAAAACAUAGAUAUGAUAUGGUUUUAUGUUACAAUAAGUCAUUCCUUAACAUUUUUGUUUGAAUUAACAGUUUUUUUUGUGAAAUAGUUCAUGACAAAGUGAUUUCUUGUGUACCAAAAGCUCAAAAGCAGAUUGCAGUUUGUAAUACUGAUGGUAUUUUUAGGCAGAUGCUGUAGGUUUUGAGGAAAUCAAUUUUUCAAUUUUCAUUUUAUAUUUUUGCUAUAAUAUUAUUUUCACUUUACUGUUGUUUCAUGAUCAUUAAAAAUUCAAAAUGACACUUAAUUUGGACAAAAGGUUUAUUCAGUAUCAUAUCUGUACUUUAUGGAAUACAUGAUUUUGAUUAGUCUGUGGUGUCAUUCUUUAGCCAAAUAUUUAACAAGACCAAACUGUAGGCUAUAAUUGAUCAUUGUCUCAGUCAAAAGUUUACUUUUCCUACACAGCCUUUCAAAUGUCUAUCAUAUCACUCCACACUCUCUCUUCUCACAUAAUAAAACUAGGCUAUUUAAACCCAAAACAUAUUCUAUGCCAUUUCAUUUUGUUAAUUUAUUUGUAAGUAGCUUUGUAAUUGUCCUGGUUACUCUUUUGGUGAGAAUGAUUGAUUGACUUUACAAGGUCUCUCAUUUCUUAAAA